GAAGUUUGGGCAACCCUUGUUGCCGAUGACGCUUACGAAAUUUCCCAACCCUACCCAUACAAAAUCCGCAACAAGGCGACAGGCAAGGUUCUUACCCCAGUCCUCAACAACUUGGGACACUUGACCCUUACCCUUCGAAAUUACGGUACAAUUUCCAUGGGAAGGCUUGUCGGUAUGCAAUGGGUUCCAAAUCCAAACAAGAAGACGAAGGUCAGACACAUUGACGGUGACAAGCUCAACAACCGUAAGGAGAACCUCGAGUGGUUCUAA